CCAGUGAUCCAUGAUCCCGGCCUGGGUUUCACAACUUUUAAAGCAGGUAACAUUGGCGUUUUCCAGUUCUCACAUUCCCAAAAUCCCUACGGCAAACGCUGUCAUUUGCAAGUAUAACAUUGUCAAGAUUCUUUGCGAGGAAGAGGAAGUGGUUGCAGCGUUGAACCGCAUACCCUGCUUUCACGUGCUAUGCCAAUAGUCUGAAACUCAGAGUGGAGCCUACAUAUCUGUGAGUAAAUGAUGCCUAAUUUUUUUCAAAUGGCAAGAUUAACUGCAUCAUCAUCAUUCGCACGCCAAAGCACUACCCAUAUUCAAUUGGGUUCUCUUCUGCAACACAAACACAAUGCUUUCCCUUUUUCCUUCACUUCACUCACUUCAGGCACCUCUUCUGAUUCUGAAUCAGAUGGAAACCACCACAAAGGUGACACCUUUACUGUGUCUUACCUCAUUAACUCAUGUGGGGUGUCCCCAAAACUGGCCAAGGAGCUCUCCAACAGGGUCAAUUUGAAAAACGCACAUGGCCCAAAUGCUGUUCUUGAUCUUCUCAACAACUAUGGUUUGUCCAAAAUCCAGGUUGCAAAACUCGUUGAGAAAUAUCCCAAAGUUCUUAUUAUAAAGGCAGAGAAAACCCUUUUGCCUAAACUGAAGUUCUUCCGUUCUAUUGGGGUUUCCAACACUGACAUGCCAAAGAUCCUACUUCGUAACUAUGUUAUCUUGAAGAGUAGCUUGGAAAAUUACCUCAUCCCCCGCUAUGAGAUCCUGCGUGAUAUAGUCGGCGAUGAUCAGAAAGUUGUUAGAUCUUUGAAAAUUACCGCUUUUUGUCUUACAUAUGGUGACAUGAUGAAUAACUUUGUUCCAAACAUUAAGGUUUUGAGGCAAUCUAGUGUGCCUCAAACUUCCAUCUCUCUCUUGAUGGGCCAUUUUCCUGGUGCAGCAUAUAGGAAGCAUUCCAAAUUUGUGGAAGCUGUCAAGACUGCUAAGGAAAUUGGGUGUGAUCCUUUGAAAGUAUCUUUUGUGCAGGCUGUCCAUUUGCUUUUAUCUACUAGUAAAGCAAUGCUGGAUUCAAAAUUUGAGGUUUAUGAGAGGUGGGGCUGGAGCUACAAAAUAGCUCUUCGAGCAUUUGGCAAGUUUCCCUUUUUUAUGGUGUUGUCAAAGGAGACAUAUACAAAAAAAAUGAGUUUCCUAGUGAAGGAUAUGGGUUUGCCAUCAGAAGAUAUUGCUGAUUAUCCUCUUGUUCUAUCUUACAGCUUGGAGAAGAGGAUUAUCCCUAGAUUCUCAGUAAUUAAAAUCUUGCAAUCAAAUAAUCUGCUUAGGAAUGAUUUUCACUUCGGUUCCUUUAUUUGCAUAAAUGAGAAAAACUUUCUGAAGAAAUUUGUCAUCAAAUUUCGGGAUGAUUUGCCUCAUUUAUCUGAUGUCUACAAAGGGUUGAUCAAUAAUCAGAAUGAAAUAUAGUCUUUGAAGGUUUUUAGUCCUAACUUUCAACUUCUUUUUGUUUUUUAGUGCUAAAUUAAACUUUGAGUUUCAUUUA